AUGGGAAAAUCCUCCAAAGAUAAGCGCGACGCUUACUAUCGUCUUGCCAAGGAGCAGGGAUGGCGGGCACGAAGCGCUUUCAAGCUUCUCCAGCUAGAUGAAGAAUUUGACUUGUUCGCCAAUGUUACGCGGGUUGUCGACUUAUGUGCUGCUCCUGGAAGUUGGUCACAAGUUCUUUCGCGAGUGCUGAUCAAGGGCGAGAAAUUCGGCCGUGCCGCGUGGCAGGACAGGGAAGCCAAGUUCCGCCAGCAGAUGUUCAAUGUCUUCAGUCCCGUCAAGCAUGAUGAUGCCCUGGCUAAAGAGGCCGCGACUGAUGGGGAUGAGCUGAAGCCGAGGAAAGAUGUCAAGAUUGUGGCAAUUGAUUUGCAACCUAUUAGUCCUCUGCCGGGAAUCAUCACUCUUCGUGCAGACAUUACUCAUCCUGCCACUGUCCCGCUUCUUCUCAAGGCACUGGAUCAAGAGUAUGAUCCCAACUCCCAUAGUCAGCAAGCCGCCCAGCCAGUCGAUCUCGUCAUUAGUGAUGGUGCACCAGAUGUUACCGGCCUGCACGACUUGGACAUAUACGUACAGUCGCAACUGUUGUUCGCAGCUCUGAACCUAGCACUCUGCGUUCUGAAGCCGGGUGGCAAGUUUGUCGCCAAGAUCUUCAGGGGUAAGAACGUAGAUGUGCUUUAUGCGCAGUUGAAGCUGUUUUUCGAGCGUGUCUAUGUGGCCAAGCCUAGGUCCUCGCGUGCAAGCAGCGUGGAAGCAUUCAUCGUCUGCUUAAACUUCCAACCACCGAAGGGUUUCUCCGCUAGUCUUGAAGAACCCCUGGGGGUUGGCCAUCGUCUCUCAGAAAUGAUUACAGAACGUACAAGCAUAUUACCUGUUGUUGCAACUUCAAUCUUACAAAACCAGUUGACUGGCGCUUGGGAUGCCUUACCACAACAACCCAAAGUCAAGGAUAGCGACAGGGUCACCGAGAUCGAGAUCGAAGACGUCAGCGUACCAGAGGGCGACAACAUCCGAUGGAUAGCACCUUUCAUUGCAUGCGGUGAUCUAUCCGCUUUCGAUUCUGACGCUUCAUACAAACUACCUCCAGGUCAUGUAUCCCUAGACCCAGUUCAACCUCCUACGGCUCCUCCAUAUAAACGAGCACUCGAGCUGAGAAGGGUCAAAGGAGGUGCUUAUGGCAAGACCACCUCGAAGGAAUGA